AUGAGUACUGCCCCAAGGCUACAAUUUACAAUGGUUUGUGCCGGAAUUUUAGAUUUAAUUGUAACAGUGGGUGACGCCGUUGUUUACAAGGUGAAUGUUCGAAGAAAGUAAGUGUUGUUUGUUUACCUGAAGCAUGUCUGAAUACCAGUGCGAAAACAUGCGAACACAACCCGGAAGUCUAUAAUUGUAGCUUGAAGCACCGUUUCUCGGAGUAUUCGUUGAAUCGGUCCUAUCAGAUGCGGGAGAACAAGAUGAGUCUUCUGAUCAUCCUCCCCUUGUCCGUCGUUCAUUCAACCUUCUUCUUGUCCUAUCUGUUCAUAUCGUUUGUAGCCCGGUCGUUGAUCGUGUACACAGAACCCGUUACACACGUUGUUGUAAUCGAGAUGAUGCAGACGGUAAGUGGAAUUUGUAUUGCAAUUUUCCAAAGUAAAUAUUUUGUUGUUGACACAAUAUUUAUACAGUGCUUGCGUCAUAGCCGAACUCUUAAAAUUGCUGCAACUUUUUUGGUUGUCAUAGAAAUGUGUCAUAUUUGGCACCAAUAUGCACUAGUGCACUAAAAAUUUAAAAACCAUCGCCCAUAUAUGGGGUUUUUCAAUCUUUUUCCAAAUUGUGGAAAUUUCUCGAAAUAAUUUUUUGACGCAAGAAUAAAAUAUAAUUUUAUCCAGCACUGUAUGAUACAUGUAUAUCCAGCACUGUAUAAUACAGUAUUAUAAUACAUAGAAGAAAUAAUAUUGUGGCUUAAGAAAAUUGGAUAAGAAAACUUUAAUAAAGAUGAAAAGUAAUCACAAAACGGGUCUGCAAGCCCCAGUUACCGUAAUCCUGUUUCGUUUUGCAGGCGGUGUGCACGUAUCUGGUUGUGAUUGCAAUAGCACUGAAUGCUCUUUGGAUGCGAACAGAGAAACAAUUAACCGUCGUCCAGAACCAAGGGAAUGGCGGCGACGUUCACUUUCAACAGCUGAGAAUUCAAUUUGAACAAGUAGUUCCCCUCAGGCGUUAG